AUGAGCAACGAAGAAAAACCGAAACACAUCGCCAUUCCGGAGAUGGAGGAACCCGACGAAGAUCCGGGAAAUUCCCAAGCCGAAAUAGAUGCCCAUCAAUGCGGUAGCUCGAGGGCUUCAGCUACACCUGGCGCCUCGAGAGUACAUUGGAAAACUAGGCAAAAGUACGAGAAAAUCCUCGAAGAUCAGAUUGCCAGACGUACUCUGGUUAGGAAUAGUUUGGAAGAUCGGGUCGACAGGAUAAAACUGUUGUGCGAGAACCCCCCGGAAAACAUUCGCCGUCACGCGAAACUCCACGCAGCAAUGCUGGAGCGUUCCGAGUCAGAGCUGCGAACACUCGACACAGAAAUUGCGGACCUGAUGCGAAAACUCAACCCUUCGGAUUUGGUGGAGGAUUACGAUCGGGUGAUUUUCUUUGAAGAAAUGGUGAUCGGCGCCCAAAGCGAUCUCGAAGACUUGCAGAAAGCCUCACUGGCGGAUCGUAGUGAACAUUCCGUUGGCGGUGCGAGCGCCGAUGACCAAUGCAUCCAGCCGGAUGCGGAUGAUCAGAGAGCUUCGACUCCCCAGAUGGAUCCCGGUGACCAGCGAGGCCCGGAGACAAAUGUGUCAAGCCUCCCGAUGAUAGUGAAGGUGGUUCAGGAGAAAUCCCCGCGUACGCCGAAGUUCAAUGGGAAUUUCAAACAAUUCCGUGAAUGGUCCCAGCUCUUCGAAUCGUACGUGAACAGCAAAGACAUACCCGUGAUUCAGAAGUUCGCAAAGCUGAAAGAAAGCCUCAUCGGCCCAGCGAGACAGGAAAUAGCGCAUAUAAGUUUCUGUGAGAGCCAAUACGAGAUUGCCUUGAAGAGGAUUCACGACGUUUACGGUGACGAACAAGAUGCCGAGCAACAACAUGUGAAGGAGAUUAGCGGACUAUUCAACGCCAAGGAUCUCCAUCGCCCAGAUAAGUUGAGACAUUUUCACUCGACUCUCUCUCAAAACGUUCUAGCCCUCGUGGCUCUCGGGAAAAGGAUCGACGGGCUCUCCACAUUCCUCGUACACAACCUAAUUCGAGUACUCCCGCGUUCACUACAACUUCAGUUUCUUGACAUUUACGAGGAUUUACGGGAAAGCGGUGACUCCCGCUGUGAGUUGGAGGUACUGAUAGAUUUUCUGGAGCGGCAGGUGAAAAUCCACCGGAAGAUUGCGGACAGCUCGACGAGAUACCGGAGUCCAACUCCCUAUUCCUCGAAUGAUUCUCAAUCUAACUACAAGCCGGCUCGGUUCGAACAUCAGUCGGCCAACUUCAGCUCGACCGUCAUAAACACAAGCCGCACCGUCCCCGCGGGACGACACAUGUACAGUUGCGUUUUCUGUGAGGCAUCCCACCUCAGCAGAAACUGCAAAGCGCCACUUACCCUAGAAGAACGUAAAGAGAAAGUAUCGAGUAAGAGGGCGUGUUUCCGUUGCCUACGAUUGAAUCACUCAGCCGUCAACUGCAAAGCGAACGUUCGGUGUUCGAUUUGUUCACACAAACAUUACCCUCUCAUGUGUCCAAAACAAGACAAAGUCUCGCCGUCAGUCAGUCAGUGUGACGUCACUACCACCAUUCUCUCCAGCGUGGACGCGCUCGAAGGCUCGACGCUCCUUCCAACAGGCUUCGUCUGGGCACACUUCGGGAACAGGAAGAAAAAAGUCAGAAUCCUUUUGGACACAUGCUCCCAUAGGUCAUAUGUGAGCAAGAGAACAAUCUCCGACUUAGCCGCGAAGCCGACAGACUCAACGCUUCUGUCCCUCGGCUCCAUCGGAGGUAAUGUCUCUGAUGUCCAACGCUUCCAGAUAUACGAACUCUCUCUACAGAGCUGCUUUUCUCCGCAAGUCGUGAUACCCGUCAGGUGUCUCGAGAUAGCCGAAAUCUCAAAGUCGGUUCUACCGCUGGUUAAGCAGACCUAUGGCUUAACGCCAAGCGCGGAUCUCGGCGGAGAUGGCGAGGACUUAUCCAUAGAGAUUCUGCUGGGUGCAGAUAUCUUACCAAAAAUCGAGAAAGAGCAGAAAAGACUCCUCGACGGUUUAUCAGCUUUCAAUACCCAAUUCGGUUGGUUCUUCUACGGUGGGGUCGUGAAAGAGUCGGACACACGCCCACCAAGCCUGUGCGCCUUCAGUCUCAUCCAGCCAUGGAGACCCGAAGAGUCGAGGGUUUCUCCGGUCGAAGAAGAACCAUUGACUAAAGAUAUAGACUUCCUUUGGAAUUCUGAAACUCUGGGCAUCGAAAGUCCAAACGAAAAUCAGAACGAAAUAGACGAGCUGGAUGAGGAAUUGAUCAAGCAUCACAGAAGAACGACGAGAAAACUAGCGGAUGGACGCUUUUCCGUUUCUCUCCCUUUUCGCAACAAUCUCGAAACGCUAGGGGAUAACGAAUCGCUCACGAGAUCUAGAUUGAUCAGACUGUUAAACAGUCUCGCGAACGAUCAAGACACGAUCGGAACCAUCGAUAAGGAAAUAUCGGAAUACAUCAGCAAUGGCUACGCGGAGCCGGCUCCGCCACGAAUUGAUGGGGAGCCGGCACAUUAUCUGCCGAUCCAGGCGAUCGUUAAGUCUUCCCCCGAAUACCCGACAGGGAAGAAGUCAAGAAUCGUUAAAGACGCAUCUGCAAGAUCAGCGGACAGGGCAUCAUUGAACGAUGUCCUCCAUCAGGGACCCAGUUUGCUUCCCGAUAUACUCAAAGUACUGAUACACGUUAGACGCUUCAAAUACGCUGUAGCGGCGGAUGUGGAGAAAGCAUUCCUCCAAAUCAAAGUAAACCCCGACCAUCGGACAUUUCUCCGUUUUCUGUGGCCCCUCGGAAUCUCCACAAACCCGAGGGCUCGAUGGCAAGAAUUCUGGAACACAUCUCUGGACUUCGGUUUGGUUUGCUCCCCUUUCUUGUUCUGCCAAACUAUCAAACUGCUCCUGGAGUCACAAGCAGCGGAGGACACACAAAAAUCUGCGUUAGCAAAUGAAGUAAUCGAUUCCUACUACAUGGACGACGUAUUCUCGGGUGGAGACUCUCUUAACGAAGCCUCUCACAAGAUCAAGCUACUUUUUGAAAUGUUUUACGCAGGCAAAUUCCGACUUCGGAAAUGGUCAACUAAUUCGAGCGCUCUUGCGGAUAUCAUACCGCUCACCGUACCGUUUCCUGACGUAAAUGUGACCUGCGAGAAAACAGAUGCGAAACUCCUUGGAGUGAAAUGGAACCAAAGGGAAGACUCGCUCGGCGUCUUUACCAAGAAGGCGCUCGUCGAGAUGAAGUCCGAUCGAGCCUCGAAGAGAAUAUUACUGAAGGCUCUCGCCCAGCUGUUUGACCCCCUAGGUAUAAUGUCGCCCUCUACCGUAUCAGCGAAGAUUCUCUUACAGAAGCUCUGGAAGAAAGCCAGAGACUGGGAUGAAGACCUCGAGGGCGACGACCUGGACGACUUCGUUCGAUUUCGCGAGUGCAUCGAAAGGUCAAGCAGUCUCAGUGUACCACGUCCCUUGAAAACCGACGAUAGGAAUCUGGCGGUCAGGGAAUUACAUACGUUCUCUGAUGCGAGUCUUUCGGCGUACGGCUGUGUCUGCUACGUACGAGAUAUUUUCUCAAACGGUCCUGCGAAGGUUUCCUUUCUGAUGUCAAAGGCGAGAGUUUCACCACUAAAGAGCAAGCAGACGAUACACCGACUCGAACUCCAGGGAGCGGUCGUGGCAGCCCGAAUUGCGCUAAGGGUGGGCAAUUACUUGAUUCCCCAACCAGAGCGGAAGCUCUAUUAUACUGACAACGCCGCUUGCUUGGGCUGGCUACGGGACUCCAAUGCGAAAUGGAAAACAUUCGUGGCUAACCGAACAAGAGAAAUACUGAGUUCGUCCCGCCCAUCGGACUGGUCUUACGUCAAAUCCUCAGACAACCCAGCUGAUAUACUUAGCAGGGCCAUGGACAUUAACGAGGAAGCAACGAAACUCAUGUGGCUCAAAGGACCGCCAUGGCUGGAACCUUUUGGUAAAGAUCCGAGCCUUCACCCACUCAACACACCCAGAGCCACAACAGAAACAGAUGCGGAACGUAUCGAAGAGAUCUGCAUGAUGACCGUCUCGGCUCCGCAGGAACAUCUCUUUGAUGAACUGUCCUUAAUCAGCCGGACGAACAGCUGGCCCAAGAUAGUCAGAAUUUGGGCAUUCACCAGAAGAGUCGCCCAGAAGUUCUGUCAGACCCGAGUUAGACUCGACCAACAGGGAAGCUUGGGACAAACGGCCAUGAAUUCGGGAAGGGAUCCGCCAAUCAAUCUACUAACUAUAUCUACGGAGGAAUUCGUGUUGUCACGAGACGACCUGAUCAGGAGAAUCCAGCAAAGGCGUUUCCCGAUAGAAUACUCUUCCGAAUGCCAAAGCGUGCCGAAAACCAGCUCCCUUUUCAAAUACAGCCCUUUCUUCAGUGAAGACAGGUUUAUCCGUAGCAGGACUCGCCUUGAGAGAGCCGAAUCGUUCACGUACGAUGAGAUAUACCCGAUUCUUUUACCCUCCGACGAACCCGCCGUAAAGCUACUAAUUCUCAAUAUACACGCGCGGGAAUGCCUCCAUUCCGGUGGAAUCGUCGGCACUCUACACAAUCUCAGAAGGCGCUAUCUGGUCCUGAAGGCCAGACGCCUCACUAAGACGUCAUAG